AGACUGAAGAUGCCAUCCAUCGACAAUCUCCUUUUUUGCAGUCUUUAAAGGCGCAGAGCCGCCAACAUAAUGAAAUCAACGGUGGUGUUUGUCUUUAUACUGUUCCUUCUCAAGCACAAAGUCACCUACGCUACGAUGUGGCCGACCAAACAAUACUCAGAAAAAGAUGUGUACUUGCAAGGAUUCACUCUUGAAUCGUCCAAGGUGGAAACAAUCUUUGAAUGUUAUAGAAAGUGUGAGGACAACAUACAUUGUGCAAGCAUCAACAUGAACCUGACGAACAAGACAUGUGAACUGAAGUACUCUACCAAGACUAGACACCCAGAGAAGAUUGUUAGCCAACAAAACACCAUCUACAUGGAGAUACGAGAGCAUAAAGAGCCAGGGUCGGGACCUGAUAAUCCUAUCACAUCCUGCAAAACCCUGAAGCAGAGUGACAGCCAGGCUGAGUCAGGUGUUUACUGGAUGAAGUUCAAUGAGACAUCCUCUGAGCCAUUCCAAGUGUUCUGUGACAUGACCACCGAUGGAGGAGGCUGGACCCUUGUCUACAGCUAUACAUUCUCUGACUUCGAUAACUUCAAUACAGACGACAACGUAAUUACUCCAGUACCRAAUUGGCCUCUCAAUAUGUCACCAGCUAAUGAAUGGUCACCAAUAUCAACGACAACCCCGCUCAAUGAGUCUUCCUACUCUGCCAUGGAUUUUGUAAUGUGGAAGAAGAUUGGUCGCGAGUUUCUUCUCAAGUGCAAUAUCACUAACUGGGUAGCCUGUGUAGAAGGAACCGGACGUCUUGUGGACUGGGUGACAGGAAGUCUUACGUGUAGAGUUGUCAAGGCCAUUACACCAACAUGCACGACUAUUGCUCCAGACAGUUUUGAGUUUUGGAGCUGUGGUCCAGCGUUUAGGAACAGUGCCUCAAAUAAUUACCAGUUUAUAUUGGACGCAUAUCUUAAGCUUCACCAAUGUCAUCCUAUGCAUGAUCCUUGUGCUCUGAGUUCAGAAAAUCAUCUCAAAAAUGUAUCCAGCCCUGCCUGUGCCUUGCACCUUCGUUAAUCCGGAAAUGGAUGGA